CAGUUGACUGCGCAUGCUCAAGCACUUUAAAAAACAUCCACUGCUUCUUUACUAGAUGAAUGAUUCUCGUGUAUCCGAAAAUGGAUUAGAUUAUGAACAUGAUUUUGGAUUAGAAAAUGGAUUAGAAAUGGAUUUAGAUUAUGAAAAUGGAUUAGAUUAGAAAAUGGAUUCACUGCUUUCUUUACUAGAUGAAUGAUUCUCGUGUAUCCGAAAAUGGAUUAGAUUAUGAACAGCAUAAUCCUAUACCAAGGCUACUGGCGAUGGACAUCAACCGGUUUACUUUAAGUAAAAAUUUAAUAAGUAAUGUCAUAGAUAUCGAUUCUGGACAUCGUGGUAUUCGACAGUAUGUUGCUGUAGAACGACCAAUUGGAACGUCAAAUAACCACUUGAAUACUGACUGUGUGUGGAAAGUGCCAUCCCCAUCGCGUCAUGAACUUCCAAUUGACAACUGCCCUUCCAAUAUUAUUGCACACUAUCCUGCAUUACCACCAAUUAACCUUCAGCGCUCAUGCAUGCCCUCAACGAACACACCCAACCAACCAUCAUCAUCUUCCCUAUCUUUGGCAUCGCUUGAGGAAAACAUUGCCGCAUCAUAAGGUUCAUUUCUUAACUUUAUACAGCAAAAUCCAUCAAGUCACUUUUUCAUUAGAAAAUUUUAAGAACCUGUUUAACAACGAGUACAAUUUCUAUAAAACAUGUAAAGCUAACUUGAAAGAUCUAGGUUCUUAUAUGCAAGAUUUUCCUAUAUUUAUGACUCCAUUUAGUUUAAAAUCAAACGUCCUUUACAUCACUUGGAUAGACGACAGUGUACACGUGCUAAAUCUCGAAGAUUCUUCUUUAUGAAUAAUCUUUUGUCGAAUUACUGAUGGAUUCUGAUUGUAACGACCAGCUGGAAAAGUUGAACGUUGGUUGGUGCUCUCUUCAGAAGAAAUUUAGUUCAUUUUUGAACAUUUAGGAGAAGAUUGUUUAAUACUCUUUUGCUGAUUUUAGAAAGUUUUUAAAUUUUUGUGUCAUAAAUUGCCAAAUUUUGUAAUUGUAUAAAGUAUUUUUGACUUUAUAAAAUGUAAAGUAUAUUUUGUAAAUAUGU